AAGGAGAAAACAAAAAAAGAAAAAAUUGACUUGUGUAGCUUCUAAUGUGUGGACAUUAAACUCACUUUCUCUGUAGCCAUAGAAAUUCACAUUUUAUCUUUUGCAUUGUGCAACUUCCUCGCGCCAUGGCUGCUACCAUCAUCACAUGCAAGCUCUCACUGCUUUUAAGCCUUCUCUCAGUUUCACUAUUGCUGGGUGUGAGUUCAUCAGAUACCCUUCAGAAUGUAGGGGCAAUUCCCCCAACAUGCAAGCGCAUAGAGUGUCCCAGCUAUGAUGUCAUUCACUUUGGCAACGGCUACGAAAUCCGUCGCUAUAAUUCACCCGUUUGGAUUUCGAACAGCCCCAUUCUAGACAUUUCUCUGGUUGAAGCCACAAGAACCGGCUUCAGGAGGCUAUUUGAUUAUAUUCAAGGUAAGAAUAACUACAAGCAGAAAAUUGAGAUGACAGCGCCUGUGAUCAGUGAAGUAUUACCCAGUGAUGGACCCUUCUGUGAGUCCUCAUUUGUUGUGAGCUUCUAUGUGCCAAAAGAGAACCAAGCAAACCCGCCUCCUGCGAAGGGCCUUCAUGUUCAAAGAUGGAAGACUGUAUUCGCAGCAGUUAGACAGUUUGGUGGAUUUGUCAAAGAUUCUAGUGUUGGGGAGGAAGCUGCAGCCUUGAAGGCUAGUAUUGCUGGAACCAAGUGGGCUGAUGCAGUUGAGAAAAGCCAGAAGAGAGCUGGCCAUGCUUCUGUUUACACCGUUGCACAGUACAAUGCCCCUUUUGAAUAUGACAAUAGGGUCAAUGAGAUAUGGUUCUUGUUUGAUAUUGAAAAUGAACCACAAACCGUGUGACAAAGUAAGCUUUCAACAUGAAAGCAAUAUGCAGAGUGCUGCAGCACUGAGGUGUUAGGACAAGGACAUCAUGAAUGGAUGAAUAAAGUGUUUUGCAUUUAGCUAAAACACUGUUUUCUGUUUGACUUGCUUUUUGGUUCAUUGUAGCUAUAUAGUUCAGAGGUAAUUUUACUCUUGAAAACUUUUCAUUAUGAAUUGAUAUGGUUGUUGAAAUGAGCAUGUGGUACAUAUAUACUUUUUUUA